AUGUCCGAGCUUUGCAGAGGCUGGAAUUAUCUCUCUAACCACACUUCUGAUGAUGAUGGCCGAAUCAUUCUUCUCUGGAAAAGUCCAGUGCAGCUCAGACUUGUUCAUGAGUCGCGCCAAUCCCUUACUUGUGAAUUAUGUCUCUCCACUGCUCCUCCUUUUCACUACACUGCAAUCUACGCAGCUAAUACCUAUCAAGAGCGGUCAGAACUAUGGGUGGAGCUUACAAAUACUUGUUCGACCCUCUCCCUAUGUUCCUCUCCUUGGAUGAUUGCUGGAGAUUUCAAUGAAAUAAUUCACCAUAAGGAGCAUUCUAACCCACUUGUCAACACUGCCCCCUCCCCGAUGACUGAAUUCAGAAACUGCCUUCACCAGCUUGGGGUCUUUGACCUUAGAUUCAGUGGGUCUCUGCACACUUGGACCAACUCCUGUCCCUCUCUUCCAAUAGCUAAAAAACUUGAUCGGAUGCUUGUUAACUCAUUGCAAAACCCUUCCCCGCAGACCUUUCAAGCAGAGAGAGACCUUCACACUAGGUGGUCGUUCCUACGGGAAAUCGAGGAAUGUUACUUCAGGCAGAAGUCGCGAAUCAAUUGGUUGGCUGAAGGGGAUCUCAACACCACAUAUUUCUUCCGGAUCUGCCAAACUAGAGCAAGCUACAACGCAAUAAGAUGCUUUAUCCUGCUCUCCGGCGAAACUAUCACUGACCCCUCUGCAAUGAGCUCCUACGCGAUCACACACUUCAGCUCCAUUCUUGGUCAACUGCCGCCAGCAAGUACCUAUAUUCUCUCGACAGAGGCCUGGUUUCACUCCCUAACAAGCUUCAGAUGCCUUCCCGGCCACGCCCAAAAGAUGAUUGCCAUCCCUACUGGAGAAGAUAUCAGAAAACUGUUCUUCAAGCUCAAUGCUAACAAGGCUCCUGGGCCUGAUGGCUUAACGUCAGGGUUCUACAAAGCUUCAUGGGAUAUUCUUGGAGAAGAAGUUACUGCUUCCAUCACUCAUUUCUUCACCAACCGUUUCUUGCCUGCUACAGCCAACUCAACCAUCCUAGCACUCAUCCCAAAGUUUCCUGGAGCGUCGAGAAUCACAGAAUUCAGACAAAUUGUGUGCCUCAACACGAUCUAUAAAGUCAUCUCCAGGCUCCUGGUGACUCGCUUGAAGCUGAUACUCGUUGAUCUUAUUGUGCCAAAUCAAACUGCCUUCGUCAAGGAUCGCCUGCUCGUGGAAAACACAACCCUAGCUGCAGAAUUAGUAAAUGGUUAUCACAAGAACAAGGGAGCAAAGUGGAUAACAGUUAAAGUGGACAUAUCUAAGGCCAUUGACACGUUAUCAUGGGAUUUUCUCCUUUGCUGGAAGCGAGGGCUUCGCCAAGGGGAUCCCAUGUCUCCUUAUCUUUUCGUCAUUGCAAUGAACCGUCUCUCCUUGAUAUGGCUCACUAUCAUCGCUACAAAGAGUUCUGCAGAUCCUAAAAGAUUUGAGCUUAGGUCGGGCCUAGCGGUUAGUAUGCAAAAAUCGUGCUUUUUCUCCUCAGGACUCUCGGUGCCAGAGGUAGAAGCUAUUCAAGUUUCUACGGGGAUGCCUUUGGGUUCCUUGCCUAUUCGCUACCUAGGAGUCCCUCUAUGUACUAAAAAGCUCACCCUACAAAAUUGUGAACCGCUAAUUCAUCAGGUUAGGAGUCGCUUUACCUCUUGGAGUGCCAAGACUCUGUCUUUUGCGGGCAGGCUUCUCCUUAUAGAGACCGUCAUAGCGGGAAUCACCACCUUUUGGUCUUCUGCUUUCAUUCUCCCAAAGUCUUGUAUAUCUAGAAUCAACUCUCUGUGCGGCUGCUUCAUUUGGAAAGGUAACCUGGAGGGUCACCAUACUGCUCGUGUCGCUUGGUCUGAAGUAACAAAAACUAAGGGAGAAGGAGGGCUGGGGAUCCGUGACUUGCAGUGUUGGAACAAGGCCGCUUGUUUAAAGUUCAUCUGGGUCGCUUGGUUUCGAUUUGAGAUAUUAAGAGAUGAUAUCAGUAACUUCUGGACAGUGAAACCAAACCAAUCAAUGUCCUGGAUGGCGAGAAAAUUGUUGAAAAUGAGGGACACAAUUUACCCUUGGAUUCAUCUUCGAGUAGGCAAUGGGAUCAACACACAGUGGGCUCUUCCUCCUUCAAGGUCCGAAAAUCAGGUCAAUGUCGCUUCCUAUUUAACUACUGUUGAUCUACAGGAUCAAGAAGAUGGGUAUGAAUGGCGGAUUGGCAACAACUCUUCGGCUUACUACAUGACCCGUCAAGUCUAUCAGGAGCUAAGGGGAGCUCAACCAAAAGUGAAUUGGAGCUCAGCUGUAUGGAUUAAAAGAGGAAUUCCGAGGCAAUGUUUUCUCACCUGGCUCUUUGUGCUCAAUAGAUGCCCAACAAGAGACAGGAUGAUCGGUUGGGGUUUGCAAACACCUCCGACUUGUCUUCUCUGUAACUUGGGAAUCGAAACUAGAGACCACUUGCUGUUCGCUUGUCCCUUCAGUUUUGGUGUCUGGAAUGCGAUCGCCGCUCGGUGCUCCAUGGUUGCGACUUCUGACUGGAGCUCCACUCUAAUUCGCAUGCAAACACCUUCCUAUCAAGAGCUUAACUUCUCAACUCUCUCUCUGGUGCUGGCAGAGAUUGGCGAGUUUGCUGUCUCCGAAUACAAUAAGCAGAGCAAAUCGGGACUCAAGUUUGUGGAGGUUGUUAGCGGCGAGUCUCAGAUAGUCGCUGGCAUUAACUAUCGGCUUAUUGUGGCGGCUAAUGAAGGUGUAGCCAUAACCGGAAAUGGUGAGAGCAAGAAGUACGAGGCGGUUGUAUGGGAGACGCCAUGGUUGAAAUCUAUGAAUCUCACGUCCUUUAAACCCGCUAUGUAA